AUGAUUUCUGAUCGUUCAAUUACACCUGCGAAGACUUCGUACACGUCGGUGUUGACCAUCGUGGCGUUUUCGAUGGAAAGAUACUUGGCCAUCUGUCAUCCGCUUCAUUCGUACGCCAUGUCCGGACUAAAGAGAGCCGUCAGAAUCAUUGCAGUCGUUUGGGUGAUUUCGUUUUUCGCCGCACUACCGUUCGCCAUGUUUACUACAGUCGACUAUGUGGACUAUCCACCGGGGUCAGGAUAUCCGUUGUAUGAGAGCGCAUUUUGCGCGAUGUUGGAUAAGAACGUGCCGACAGGAGUGCCUGUAUACGAGUUGAGCUCGUUGCUCUUCUUUCUCGUCCCCAUGAUGAUCAUCAUUGUGUUGUAUGUGCUCAUCGGGCUCCAGAUCAGACAGAGUUCCAGGCACUCGCUGGGAAAACAAAUGCAGGGCAACGUGCACGGCGAGACCAAACAGAUUCAAUCGAAAAAGUCAAUUGUCAGGAUGCUAGCGGCCGUCGUCAUCGCGUUCUUCCUGUGUUGGGCACCGUUCCACGCUCAGCGGCUGCUCUACCUGUACGCCAARGACUCGCCGUACUACACACAGGCCAACGAGUUGCUUUACACGAUCGCCGGUUGCUUCUAUUACUUCUCGUCGACGGUCAACCCGAUCCUGUACAACCUGAUGUCGAUGAAGUACAGGAGAGCGUUCCGKGAGACGCUGUGCGGGUACUCGGGCGACCACCGGAACCGCAUGUCCAGAGACCUGCAGUCGAGCUUCCGGGAGACGACCGUGCCACUGAACACGACCAUUAGCACCGCCGAGUGCAGCCGCAAAUCGUUGGUGCACCGGUCCACCAGGAACCUGCAGACCGAACCGCUGCAUCACCAUCAUCACCAUUACUCGGCUGYUCCGCUAUCCGACAAUUGUGGUGGCGGCGUUUGUGGCCGUACGUCCGCGGCCUCCGACGUGAUGGUGAUGAUUUCGCCGGUCAACGGGAACGCGCAGUGCUACAAAACGUUGCUCAGGGUGACCGUACAGGGCCCCGACAACAAGCCCGCCGACGCGCAACACAGCAACUGCAACAGCAACAUGGUGCAACUGCAGCUGCAAGGAUGCGAAACGCUGCAGCAGACCGACGACCCGCGACACAACGAAGCGGAGACUUGCAUUUAACAUGGACGCACACAAAAUCAAACGGGAUCGUAAUAGAAUAUUAUAAUUGUCAUUGUACGUAUACAUAGAGCUGCGCUUUUCGGUUUUCUUCGUCGAAAACGCACGUGUUGUUCCGGUCAGCCACUCGUUUUCCUCUUAAAAUAGUAUUGUUAUUAUAUAUAAGUUACACUGCUGCCGUGCUCACCCCUAUUUUUUUUUUUUUUUUUAUCAACGCAUUUAUUGAAAGAUUUUUGGGAUAUUUGAAUGCUUAUGCUCACUCAUAAGAUCAUAUUUCGAAAUACUUACGUAUCAUAUAAUACAUUUUUUUCUAUUAAUAAAAAUACACGCGACGACAUAAGCCAUUGGAAAACAAGUAUUAUUUAUAAUGCCUACAUUAUUGUAUACCAUUUAUGUAUAAGAAAUGCAAAUGUAUUGUGGCGAUUAUACAAACUUUUGUUUUUCAAACAACACCAGUCUUUUUACCGUAAACGGCAGAGCAUGUGAUUUUUUCUAGUAAUUUAUAAAUAAUUAAACUUUAUGUAGGAGGUAAUAAUGAUAACACAGAUAUAAAUAAAUGGAACUACUGUGAUGAUAUUAAAAUCAUAGUCAUUGUAUGUUAUGAGAUGGCUCUAGUCAGUWAUUGUACAUUUUUAGACCAUUUUCUGUGACAAGAUAAAGGACUUAGAGUGGUUUGAUUUUGCUAUUACAAAAACAACAACUUUUUUUUAAAUCUCCUCUAGAGAACUGUCAGAGCACUUUUUAGUUUUUUCAAAGUUUAAGUUUUUGACAGUAUUAUGAUAUUAUACAAAUUUCAGUUUCUACAACAUUUCUGUUCAACCAUAUGUUGCAGAAAUUUAUAUUCCUAAUAAAAUUCCUCGACCGUUCUCUUAAAGAGAUGUUAAUAAAUGCUAAGAUUUUCACAAAAUUAAAACCACAUCAACUCAAAAUUUCACAGUUUUGUCAAAGCCAAGGUAUGUUCAAACUCAAAAAGUAGCCGAAAACUUUUUUUUUAAUUGAGUAUAAUAAUGACAUAUUAUUCCUGCGAGUGCGAAACUCAAUGAGAUCUGUGUUGUUUAUCGCAUCAUACACACUAAUGUUAAUUUACACUAUCACACAUUUACAUGACCUGGAUGAACCGCCACAUAAUUUGCCUGAUUCUUACUCUUUAGAAAAUUACAGACUGGAACCUCUUAAUAUAUUAUAAUAUUAUUACAAUUCGUAAAAAUUG